AGACUUUGCGAGACAUUCCUAGCUUGGUGUUAUGAGGGUAUUUCAACCUUUGGGCCAGCAAAAUUGCCCCAAAGCCAGACAACAGAAUCGCGAGCAGGAGGACAAUGUGUGCUGGGCUUUUCGAAAGCUUUUCGAAAGCUCUGCAUUGCCACAGCCGGAGGAAAAAGCAGCCACUUUCCGUAAGGCGAUGUUUUCUCUUGCAUAAGACGAAUCUUGACUUUCUUGCCUCCUCUUGAGUCAUACGGGGGGAAAAGAACACCAAGAAAUUCAUUAGCCCAGGGAAAUGUGCAAAUGAGGCUCUUGUUGUUUUGAUUGGCCUGGCUCAAGCCAAUGGGUUGCUUCCUUUCGUUUGACUUGCCGUUCUGCUCCUGCCAAGCUCAAGCUCACAGCCACACCGCUCUGCUGUGCGUGGCGGCCACCACGGCCCUGGUUCUCUCCACUCGCUCGGUCUCUCUCCGUCUGCUUCAGUGCAAACAGCUGCCUGAACAGCAGCAGCAGAAACAACGGCUGAAGCCUCUGUUCGUUCCUCCGUUGACUUGCUAAACCUGAUGAGAGCAGCUUCUUCUCUGUGACAUCAGGGCCAGAUGUUUGGCACGGCCCCAUCUCCGGGGGUCUGAAGAAAUCCAAAGCGCCAUAACGGGGCCAGCUCAGAAUGCAAUGGAAAGGCUGAAGGACCGGACGACUUGUUACCGUGGACAGCUGCUGCCGUUGAUCCUCUUUCCAAAGAUGGUGAACUGUUCUGGAUCAGGGCUCCUCGUGCUCUCGGCUCUCCCCUCUUAAGGGUGUGACCGUGGCACUCACCGUGUUUUCUUCUGGGCUCUGAGAAAACGGAAAUCAUCACAUUUGGGUUUUUAUUUACGUACAUAUUUUUAAAGUUCUCACACAAGCAGGGAAGGUUGCCACUGGUUUCUGUUCCUCAGAAAAGUCUGGGGAAAAUGGCAACCGCUGCCUACAUUGCCGCCGAGUGCCUUGUCUCGAUGUCCAGCCGUGCGAUCGUCCAUGGUCCUGCCGGGGUCACCGUACCGUCUCCGGUCGUCCCGGAGAGAGCGGAGAAAUACGAACUGAUGGAGACUGAGAGGGAAAAUGGAGACGGGUCCUCGGAUUAUCUCGUGGCCAGUGUUCUGGCAGGCUUCAACCGGUACCUUCCCAAAGCUUCCUCAUUUCCGAAACCAGAGACCGUGGUCCGAGGGGAGUCCCCGAACGCAUCUCUUCCUGGGAAGGAGCUUUUGGGGGAAGGAGGCCUCUUGCCGGCCGGCAAACAUGGCGGAGGCACAACAGCAGCCACACCUACCCGGCUGGCAGCGGCGGCGAGUGAGCCGAGCCCCAAACAAAGGAGCAGGAAAGGCAGAUGUCGGCCUGACCCCGGAUUACCUCUGAAAAAGCACAAAUGCCACUACGCGGGUUGCGAAAAGGUUUACGGCAAGUCGUCCCACCUGAAGGCUCACCUUAGGACCCACACAGGGGAGAGGCCUUUCGAAUGCCGCUGGGAGGAAUGCAACAAAAAGUUUGCCCGUUCAGAUGAGCUGGCCCGGCAUUUCCGCACCCACACCGGGGAGAAGAAGUUUGGCUGCCCGCUCUGCGAGAAGCGCUUCAUGCGCAGCGACCACCUGACGAAGCACGCCCGCCGGCACGCCAACUUCCACCCGAGCAUGCUCAAGCGGAGGGGCGGGAGCGGCUCCAGGACCGGGUCUGUGAGUGACUACAGCCGCUCGGACGCCUCCAGCCCCACCACCAGCCCCGCCAGCUCCCCCUGAGACCCCUGCACUGGAUGCUCGCACUUUGGCCCCUUCUUGUUGUACCCAAUUCUAGGAUUUGGAGUUAUUUGCAUUGCACACUUUGCUUCCCAUUUCCUUGGAAAGACUCUCCCAUGUCCCUUCCCCCAAAAUGGAGGUCGUUUUCCCUCUCUGGAACUCUGGAGAAGAAAAUAUUCAACAGAGCUGAAUUGGCCUCCUAUGACGUACAGUAGGACCCAUGUAACCGCGGACCCCAUAUCUGCAUUUUCCUCUAGGGAAAUAUUUUCGUUGUGUGAUUCUGUGAUGUGCUUCCCCAGAAGUUAUGAAAGAUUUGCUCUGAAGGACGUAAUUAAUUUCUAGAGCGGUAUUGCAAUGGUAUUCUGGGAUGAGAAGUCCACCAAUUUAAUGGCAUUCGCUUUUAUCCAAGGUCUCUAGAGCCUCCAAUGUAACUAUGAGACUAGAGGUCAGGUAAUUUAAUGGCGUUUGCUCAUAUCUGCGGUCUCAGGUAACGGUGGUCCAGCUGAAACGCAAGCCUUGCAGAUACAGAGGGGUCUUACUGGUCCUACACUGAAGGGCCUCUGCUCUGUCUCCCGGUCAAGAUCUUCUCUUGCCGUCCUCUUCCUUCAAAGCCUUAAGAAGAUGCUCCUGUUGCCAGGUUUUUAAAUCUAUUUUUAAAGAAGAUUUUCACUCAGGUGUCAAUGCCUUUUUUGUAGGAAGUGAUUGCAAAACAGGAAUGCCUGUACAGCUUCAUUCAACCAGGUUGGACUGUAAAAAAGACAAAAACAGACCCACCACCUUCUCCUCUCAUCUUUCUCAGGGAUAUGUAUUUAUGUUGUUCGGUUAAGUACAAUGAAGACGCACUCUCCUCUCGCAGCCUCGCUUUCUAAAGAUGUUUGCACUCAGAACAGUGGUGCCGAGUGUUGUUUUCACAGCACACCCCAAAGCGGAAACCAAGGCUGAACUUGGCAGUCAGGUGCUGUGGCUUCAUGGCUGGUAAAUACGCUUGGAGACCUUGGACCGAAUCUAUGGAGGUCACCCUACCAUUCUCCUUCAGUCAUUCUCAUUUUCACUUUGGGUCACUUCACACUGAGAUGCUUCUAUCAACACCAGCUUCCUGUUGCAACAAAAAUUGUCUACAAAGUUUGAUACUUUUAUAUAUAUCUAUUUCUAUAUAUCUAUAUUAAAAUGGACUUGAUUGGGGAAGGUGAAAACCACCACUGCAGUGAACUAGAGGCCUUAAUCAGUUCCCUUCCCUCAUAAAAGUUAGGGAAAUGUUCUUAGACCGGUGAAUAACUGAGUCAUGAAAUACAAGAUGCCUGGGUUGUGCUUUCGAGGCAUUGUGUCCACCUUCAUCAAUAUGUGCUGGACAACAAAACUCAUCAUCUCUGGCCAAAGGUUCAAUGCUCACAUUGGUCAUUGGGAAAGAUGGGAGAUGUGGUCCAACACAUCUGGGAGAAGGUGACCUUACAACUUGUAAUCCUUUGGGAAGUCCUCCUCAAGGAGCUUCUCUUGGAGGACUACAUCUCUCUCCAUUCUCCUGUGCUUCUGGUCUGCAUGCCUGUUGUGUGACUAACAGGACAGGGAUGCAGAUGGUAUCCACUUGAACCCUUUUCUGUUUCAAAGGUCCAGAGAAACCAUGUGUCCCAAAUUCAUCCAAACUUUAUCAAGAAGGUACUUGUCUACUAUCAUAACUCUUGAUUCCAAGAGUUGUUUUGGAACAAAAACAUGUUGUUUUGCCCCAGAACACUUCCAUAUGCUGCUGCCUUGUAGUUAGGAUGCUCUUGCCAGUAAUGAGAUGAAGCCUAGAACAUGGAAUAGAAAACAAGUGUGCAAACCUUGCAUCUAGAAAGUGUUACAACCAGAGUGUUCUAACUCAACGGCACUUCACUUUUCUCCAGUAUCUGUAGCAUUGUGAAAACCUUCUUCCCAACUAGCAAGACCAUGGCUCCCAGAUGGACUUCCCAUUGCCUUGUCCAUCUCAGGGCUAAGAGUCCCCCAGUAGCUUCCUCAUCUACAGUAGGACCAGCCAACUCUUGUUUACAUCCUACAGUGGCUACUAUAUAUAUAUAGGGUGACUAAUUCAAAAAUAAACACCUUGACCCAACAAAAGAGAUCUCUGAGAAGCCUUUCACAUGCAUUAUUAGAGUUGCCAGGCAUCUUAUUAUAUGGGACAGACCUUACUUGAAAGCUUGCAGGUUUUCUCUAUGGAGUUGCAUCCUUGCGCAACUCAAGCAUCUUUUGAGGUAUACUCAUACUGAAAGCUUGCUAUUCGCAUACAACUGGAUUGGCUCUGAGGUCUAGAAGAGAAAUAAUAUUGGGAAGACUACACACAGAGGCUCUUCUCCAAUAUCUAGCUAAGCCAACAACAAUAACAAGGUCCCUCUCUCGCAUAUAUACAUGGGGAGGGGAGAUAUAGGAAGAUAUGUCUAUAUAUGAAUCAGGGCAAACUUAUUAUUGUUGGCUUGGCUUGUUCCAAUGCUGUAUAUUAAACAUUCAGGUGCUCUUUUUAGUGAUCCUAUUUUUUUCCUAUUACUGUAAAUAUCAAUGCAGUUGACUGUAGCACAAGGAAACAAAUUCCACUACGAGUGUUUACGAAAGGUAUAAUCCUCUCCGCAAAUCCUCUCUUACAUUCCAAAGUGUCUUGAGCAAGAGCUUCCUUCUUGCUUUGCAAUAAAUCCGUUUUUCCGGGUCAUUAAAAAACAAAACAAAACAGAAGACAGAAAUGUACUGUACUUUAACUGUCAGAGGAAAAUGAUAUAUCAUAACUUAAGCAAUUUCUUGGCACAUGCAAAAAUUGUUCUUAAGUAUCUUGCAUUCUUUCCAUUGCCAGGGACAAUGUCUAGAAUCCUUGCGUCUAUAUCAGGGGACUUAAUGUUGGAAAGUUUUGUGAUGUUCAUAUUUUGCAGAAAGCUUCUGUUAUGUUACUACAAACUUCUCCUUACUCAAUGGAACCAAUGCACAACAGUCCCAAUGCGCAUCCCUCCCAAAGCACAUCAUAUCGGCACUCUUGCUAGCGUCCUGUAACGCAUCUCUGCAAAUCACCAACAGGAUUCCUUAGUGUCUCUUUUAUGUAGCUAAGUAUACAUAAAGUCACAUAUCGUAGAUUAUGAGAUCUGAUUCCGGGAUAUAUAAACAAAGGUCACACUCUAUAAUUUCAGUAUUUUAUGGGCACUGGCUUCAGAAGUUCAUGUUUGGGCUAAGCAAGGAAUCAUCAUUGAGCUACCACGAAUUGGUUGCACAUUUGUUUGUUUCACAUAACAAGUUGCCACAAACUCUGUACAUUCAGGAAAAGGCACAAUGUUGUUUAUAGAGUCACGGCUGCAAUAUCUGUGGCAGCCUUGAACAAGACCAGCCAUGCGUAUCAGUUCUCAGAGGCAAAGUACUUUCUCACUCAGAGGCAAAAAAUCUAAAAGCCAAGUCGAUUUGGUAGGUUUUCACUGUAGCUACUUGAGAUGCCUUCAGAAUAGCCAAGAGAAACUAUUAAUUGCCUACAACGUGGCAUAAACAACAGGAAUAUAUACCUAGCAGUAGGGACUGAAUUAUGAUUAGAUAGGAAUGAAUAGUUAGACAGUAGGUGGGAUAUAAGGGACUAUAACAUCUAAUAUAACCAAUAAAAUUACUUAAGAGAACAUUAUCCUCUCUCCAAGAGAACUAUACUUUUCUUCUUUUUCCCAGUAGCGAAUGGUACUAUGCCUUAGAAAUUUCAAGUAAGCAUUGCCCCACAAACACUAGCAGAAACCAUACCGACUGCUUAUGGGGACGGGUCCUUUGGAGGCACCUGCCUUCCUGUGGUCCAAAAUAUACCAAAGACGUGAGGAUGGCGCAAGUUCAGAGUAGCUAGCCCUGAGUGAUUCCAGAUCUUGGUUGACUUGAGUCAUUCCAAUGUCAUUCGCUUAGACCCAGAGCUUGAAAAGGCCACUUUUUGGAACUGGCCGCUGGACUACGAUUGUUUCCCAAGCUCUACUUGGAGUGAGCAAGACCAUGGGUCCACUUAGGCUAGCCUUACUUGAUGCCAGUUGGCCGUGGGAGUGACACCAGAUCUUUCCCAACCAGGGAUGCCAUAGACUGGAUAGAAAUGAAGGAUGACUGCUAUCCUAUGGGAAGGGGAGGCUAUCUUUAAAUAUCUGAAGGGAUGGAGCCAGGUUGGGUGUCCUGUUGCUCCAGAAACUAGAACACAAAUGAAUGGAUUCAAAUUACAAGAAAAGAGAUUUGACUUAAACAUUUGUAGCUAUCCAACUGUCAAAGAGACUUCUCUGAAGGUCGAUGGGCUCUCCAUACUUUGAGGUUUUUGUGGAGAGUAUUUAGGCGUGCUUUUGUUGUGUAGCACUAAAGCGGCUUGAGCGAGUCGGCCUUUGCUGUACCUUCCAACCCUGCGAUUCUCCGAUCCCCAAACCGACUUUACAACCUCAUAAUUUCAAUGUAAUAUAAAAGGGCAAAUGGGUAUGGAAGCCUCGCUUUGCAAACAGAAAGGGGAAUACUGCUAUGUCUAUUUAUUUGGAACGAACGUUGCUAUUUUGAAAUGUGGAGGAAGUGUGAACAAUGCUUCUGAUGUGCCUCAGUAGAUUUGAAGAAACAAUGUGCUUUCUUUCCAGUUUCAUACAGGAUACUAAGCAUAUUCAAACACACUCAGGGUUUGCUAAUUGCAGUCUCCUGUCUGGCAACAAGAGAGAAUGGCAAAACCUCAUUGUAGCCUUGUUUGCGAUGGUUUGACAAAUGAUGAUUGGGCUAAAAUGCCUUCAAUUUGAUUAGAAGUUGUGUUUUAGAUGUAUAAAUGAGAGGGGGGGGGGGGUGUUCCUGCCAGCCAGACACAAGAGCAGAUGUAUUUGUUUUCCUGGGCAUCCCACUUUCUACCCCAGACUAUUCUAUUGUAUGUAGCAGUUAUCUGUAAAGUUGUCAAGACUUGUUGUGUAAAAAAUGUUAAAGCAUUAAUCUCCAAGGGAUUUCAAGCUUCCUUGGUUCUGUCAGCCCUAAAGCACACAUGCAAAACAUUUUGCCCACUGGAGAAAAACGGGUCAACGACUGUGGCAACUAGGUCCAAUUUCUAUGACCCACUCCAAAGGAUAAGUCUGGGAAUUGUCAUGGAUGAGGUGUCUUAUCUCCACACUGUUCAUUUUACAAUCGUUCCCAUACGGACACAACCUAUGGCAUACAGACCAUUCUGCACAUUAGUCUUCCUAAGCAAACCAUCUCCCAAGGCUGGCCAAGACCAAAAGGUCUACAGAAGGAUAAUAGAGAGAGCACCAGGGAGUUAAGAGAAGAUCCUGCCUCAUGUUGAGAGGAGGUCUCCAGAAGAUCUCAGCAUGGAUUUGAGCAGGAUAAGGUUUCACAGCCAUAAUUUUGGAUGGACAGGCAGCCACAAGUGCGUUGUGUCCUCCUUGCAAUUUUCCCCAAGUCAGCCACAGUUUCUGAACUAAGCCUGGUCUCUUAACCCUGAGGUUCCAGCCCUUGUCAAGUUUUGAGGAAAGAAAGAAAUGGUCACAAAUAUGGUGGCGAAUCUUGGCACAUUGGGAGGGGAAAGAUUUACCGAUUUCCAUACUAGAAGCACUGAUCCGUAGGACAACUCUGUGUAUUUAUUUCAUGGCCAUGAAUAGAAGGCCUGAUUUUGAAAAAUUGACCGAAACUUCACUGAACUUCUAAGAAGCCAAGCAUGCCUCUGUUGACUUGGUAAUGGCCUACAUCAGUGGUUCUCAACCUGGGGUCCCCAGAUGUUUUUGGCCUACAACUCCCAGAAAUCCCAGCCAUUUACCAGCUGUUGGGAUUUCGGGGAGUUGAAGGCCAAAAACAUCUGGGGACCCCAGGUUGAGAACCACUGACCUGCAUGUUAUUACACUUAAUGCAUGUGAUACCACCCAUGCGUGGACCUUACUGCCACAUCUCAGAAAGUACCUCACCACCAGCACUAGACCCACAACACAUGGGGCACAAACGCACCAGCAUUGUCACCUUCCAGAACCAUCUGAAAGGAAAGAGAGCACAUUCAUGGGUUCAACCAUUGGUUAUUUGUUUAGCUUUGAAGAUUGACUAAUGUGUCCUUUUCCCACCUCAACCUCCUUCACCUCCUCCAUCCUUGCAAUAGACUCAGGUUUGGAGUUGCCAGCAAUACUAUGGAGUCAAGAGGGAAGCAUUAGAGAACUUUCCUAAGUGCCGCAAACACAAUGUGUUGACCAUUCUUAACUCCCAUUUCUCUUGAAACUAUACCUAGUAUACUGUGUAUAAUUACUUGCGUGGACAUAUAUAAUAGACUGUUAUAGGGACGUAUAUCUUUUCUCUGUGUGAGUACAUGAAUGAAAGUAUGUGGAUAUUAUACCUGUUUACACACUUAUCCUCAAUUUGGGACAAAAGAUGACAGUCCUGAUCACUGUUUCCCCUCAUCCGUUUUCUCAACAGCACUUCAUUGCUUCCAAGGGUCACUUUUUGGGAUUUUUUUUCACAAAAAAAAAUCACUACAUUGAAGUAUUGCAGUUGUACAUACAGCCGUAUGCUGGUCUUUGUUUGCUCUGCUGUCGUCUUUUUUAAAAAUUACUUUUUUUUGUACUGCAUUGAUUUAUAUAUUGUGACAAUGUUCCUAUGCAACAAACGGAAAAGGCAGACAGCAAACAGAUGUCAGAUGUCAACUUAUAUGCAUGAUCAGCGAUGUUUGCAUUGCUAAAUAAAAGCGAUGAUUGAGAAAA